CUACAAAUAAAAUUUUAGAGAUUAUUUUAGUGUUUUAGAUUUAGUUUAAUUAGUUACUCAUUUCACAGUUUUUCAGUUGUAUUUCUGUUUUAAUAAUGUUAAAUUGUCUAGCCAAUAAGCUGACGUUAUUUUGUCAUAGUAGACCUCCGUCAAGUCACAAUUAUCUUAAAGGAUGUAUGGCACUGUUUGCUAUACCCAAAACAGACUUUAGCACUACUUCUAUUAAAUUAGCUCGUUCAGAGAAUGAUCCUAAACGGUGGUUAUCAUAUAACGAUGUUAUUUAUCCACCACAGGAACCCGGUGAAGAGAGAAGACCGGCUUUUGUAUGUCAUCAAAAGUUAAACAUCAAAUACAGUCCCAAAAAAAUGUGGUAUGUCGCAAGUUUUGUACGUGGCAUGUCUGUUGACGAAGCACUUAAACAAUUACCUCAAGUUGGACGUAAAGGUGCCACUAUAGUGAAAGAUACUAUUUUAGAAGCUCAACAGUUAGCUGUUGAAAAUCAUAAUGUCGAAUUUAAGACAAAUCUAUGGAUUGCUGAAUCAUUUUGUGGUAAAGGUCCUGUGAUAAAAGGUAUGCGUAGACAUGCAAGGAUGCGAAUGGGUGAAGUAAUGUACAGGCACUGUCAUUAUUUUAUAAGAUUAGAAGAAGGGACACCUCCAAAAGAUUAUUACUUUAGCUGGCCUAAGACGGGCCCAGCUCUAUUAGCCCAAUGGAUUGAUGAAGUCCGUGACCGUAGAAUUGAAGGAUCAUUAUAAAUCACUUUUAAAUAUUUAAUGAUAACAAUAGUGAUAAAAAAUGUAUUUGUUUAUGUAUUGAUUA